AUGGGGAUAGAACACGCCAACGACCCAUCGCUCGAGCGGCAUACGCAAGCAGCAGCGGUAUCAGAUGCAUCAACGACUUUUGAUGAGAAACCUAGUCACCAGGCGUCUCUGGAUUCACUGCACAGCGCGAACACCUCUGUGGCGAAUCAGGGUCAAGAGAAGGGUCAACACGUGACUGAAGCUACGGAUGAAGAACGCGCUGCAGGCUUAGGAACGACGCUGGAGCCUGUUCGAUCGGUGCAUCCCAGCGUGAAGGAUGUCUCCAAGAUCCCAAAUGGAGGCUUAUGGGCGUGGUUACAGGUACUGGGUGGAUUUUUUCUGUUAUUCAAUUCUUGGGGCAUCAUCAACACAUUCGGAUCGUAUCAAGCCUACUAUGAGACCAACCUACUUGCCGACUCGAGCCCUUCGUCUAUAUCGUGGAUCGGUUCCAUCCAGGCUUUCCUCCUUCUCUUGGUCGGCGCACUCACUGGCCCAAUCUAUGACGCAGGAUAUUUUCGCGAACUACUCAUCGUGGGAAGUGUCAUGUUGGUUCUGGGCCAAAUGAUGCUCAGCCUUUGUCAUACGUACUGGCAAGUACUCCUCGCGCAGGCCUUCUGCAUAGGUAUCGGGACAGGCUGUUUGUUCAUCCCCAGUGUGGCUAUCCUCUCCACGUACUUCUCCACCAGGAUCGGAACAGCUAUUGGACUCGCCGCAUCUGGAUCGUCGUUUGGAGGUGUUAUCUAUCCCAUCGUAUUCCAUAAGCUUCUUCCCCAGAUUGGAUUUGCAUGGACGACGAGGGUUUUGGGCUUCAUCAUCCUCGCCACCAUGAUCAUACCGAAUGUAUGCAUGCGAGUCCGCGUCCUACCAGCAAAAUCACGCUCGCUUCUCGAUCUUCGCGCCUUCUUAAUCCCAGCGUAUAGUCUUCAAGUUGCUGGAUUCUUUCUCGGGUUCAUGGGACUGUAUAUGCCAUUCUUCUACGCACAAGUCUACGCCAUCCAGGAACAUAUUACCAACGAGAGUCUGGCCUUUUACCUCCUCGCUGUCAUGAACAGUACGAGUGUUUUUGGUCGUAUAGUACCCAACUUGUUCUCUGACAAAGUCGGUCCCUUCAACGUCGUAAUUCCUUGCACUAUCAUAUCGGGCCUCCUCUGUAUAUGCUUCAUAUCCGUCUCAUCCACUGCCGGCAUAAUUGUCCUUAUGGCAUGUUACGGCUUCUUCUCCGGAUCUUUCGUUUCGCUACCACCCACCAUCAUUGUUCACUUGAGCACCGACGCACGAGACAAGAUCGGCACGAGACUAGGCCAAAGUUUUGGAGUCGUGGCUGUGGGCCUGCUUGUUGGAACGCCGAUUGGAGGCGCAAUCCAAGGCCAUAGCGGUUUCGAUAGUCUCUGGGUGUUUGGAGGGUGUUUACUGUUUGGAAGCGCUGUGCUGCUUGUCACCGCGCGGGUAGCGUUCAAAGGGUGGAAGCUUUUGGUCAAGGCGUGA